GCCCACCCCCGGGGGUGAGCGAGCCGCGGCUCGGGGCGGGACCCUGGCGGGGGGACCCGAGCGGUCUCUAGGACCCGCGGGACGCCGCCAACUGGCGGGGGUGCGGGGGAGACAAUAAUUUGUUCCGCGGUAAUAAGAACGGUGACUGCUGGCCGUGGAUCCAUUUCACAGGCCUGCCUUCUCUCACUAAUGCUCUUCCUCGUCCCCGGGCCAACUCGGACAGUUUGCUCAUUUAUUGCAACGGUCAAGGCUGGCUUGUGCCAGAACGGCGCGCGCGCGCGCACGCACGCACACACACGGGGGGAAACUUUUUUAAAAAUGAAAGGCUAGAAGAGCUCAGCGGCGGCGCGGGCGCUGCGCGAGGGCUCCGGAGCUGACUCGCCGCGGCAGGAAAUCCCUCCGGUCGCGACGCCCGGCCCCUGCUCGGCGCCCGCGUGGGAUGGUGCAGCGCUCGCCGCCGGGCCCGAGAGCUGCUGCACUGAAGGCCGGCGACGAUGGCAGCGCGCCCGCUGCCCGUGUCCCCCGCCUGCGCCCUCCUGCUCGCCCUGGCCGGUGCUCUGCUCGCGCCCUGCGAGGCCAGAGGGGUGAGCUUAUGGAACCAAGGAAGAGCUGAUGAAGUUGUCAGUGCCUCUGUUCGGAGUGGAGACCUCUGGAUCCCAGUGAAGAGCUUCGACUCCAAGAAUCAUCCACAAGUGCUGAAUAUUCGAAUACAACGGGAAAGCAAAGAACUGAUCAUAAAUCUGGAAAGAAAUGAAGGUCUCAUUGCCAGCAGUUUCACGGAAACCCACUAUCUGCAAGACGGUACUGAUGUCUCCCUCGCUCGAAAUUACACGGGUCACUGUUACUACCAUGGACAUGUACGGGGAUAUUCUGAUUCAGCAGUCAGUCUCAGCACCUGUUCUGGUCUCAGGGGACUUAUUGUGUUUGAAAAUGAAAGCUAUGUCUUAGAACCAAUGAAAAGUGCAACCAACAGAUACAAACUCUUCCCAGUGAAGAAGCUGAAAAGCUUCCGGGGAUCAUGUGGAUCACAUCACAACACACCAAACCUCGCUGCAAAUAAUGUGUUUCCACCGCCCUCUCAGACAUGGGCAAGAAGGCAUAAAAGAGAGACCCUCAAGGCAACUAAGUAUGUGGAGCUGGUGAUCGUGGCAGACAACCGAGAGUUUCAGAGGCAAGGAAAAGAUCUGGAAAAAGUUAAGCAGCGAUUAAUAGAGAUUGCUAAUCACGUUGACAAGUUUUACAGACCACUGAACAUUCGGAUCGUGUUGGUAGGCGUGGAAGUGUGGAAUGACGUGGACAAAUGCUCUGUAAGUCAGGACCCAUUCACCAGCCUCCAUGAAUUUCUGGACUGGAGGAAGAUGAAGCUUCUACCUCGCAAAUCCCAUGACAAUGCGCAGCUUGUCAGUGGGGUUUAUUUCCAAGGGACCACCAUCGGCAUGGCCCCAAUCAUGAGCAUGUGCACAGCAGACCAGUCUGGGGGAAUUGUCAUGGACCAUUCAGACAAUCCCCUUGGUGCAGCCGUGACCCUGGCACAUGAGCUGGGCCACAAUUUCGGGAUGAAUCAUGACACACUGGAUAGGGGCUGUAGCUGUCAAAUGGCGGUUGAGAAAGGAGGCUGCAUCAUGAACGCUUCCACCGGGUACCCAUUUCCCAUGGUGUUCAGCAGUUGCAGCAGGAAGGACUUGGAGACCAGCCUGGAGAAAGGAAUGGGGAUGUGCCUCUUUAACCUGCCGGAAGUCAGGGAGUCUUUCGGGGGUCAGAAGUGUGGGAACAGAUUUGUGGAAGAAGGAGAGGAGUGUGACUGUGGGGAGCCAGAGGAAUGUAUGAAUCGCUGCUGCAAUGCCACCACCUGUACCCUGAAGCCGGACGCUGUGUGCGCACAUGGGCUGUGCUGUGAAGACUGCCAGCUGAAGCCUGCAGGAACAGCGUGCAGGGACUCCAGCAACUCCUGUGAUCUCCCAGAGUUCUGCACAGGGGCCAGCCCUCACUGCCCAGCCAACGUGUACCUGCACGAUGGGCACUCAUGUCAGGAUGUGGACGGCUACUGCUACAAUGGCAUCUGCCAGACUCAUGAGCAGCAGUGUGUCACGCUCUGGGGACCAGGUGCUAAACCUGCCCCUGGGAUCUGCUUUGAGAGAGUCAAUUCUGCAGGUGAUCCUUAUGGCAACUGUGGCAAAGUCUCGAAGAGUUCCUUUGCCAAAUGCGAGAUGAGAGAUGCUAAAUGUGGAAAAAUCCAGUGUCAAGGAGGUGCCAGCCGGCCAGUCAUUGGUACCAAUGCCGUUUCCAUAGAAACAAACAUCCCUCUGCAGCAAGGAGGCCGGAUUCUGUGCCGGGGGACCCACGUGUACUUGGGUGAUGACAUGCCGGACCCAGGGCUUGUGCUUGCAGGCACAAAGUGUGCAGAUGGAAAAAUCUGCCUGAAUCGUCAGUGUCAAAAUAUUAGUGUCUUUGGGGUUCACGAGUGUGCAAUGCAGUGCCACGGCAGAGGGGUGUGCAACAACAGGAAGAACUGCCACUGCGAGGCCCACUGGGCACCUCCCUUCUGUGACAAGUUUGGCUUUGGAGGAAGCACAGACAGCGGCCCCAUCCGGCAAGCAGAUAACCAAGGUUUAACCAUAGGAAUUCUGGUGACCAUCCUGUGUCUUCUUGCUGCCGGAUUUGUGGUUUAUCUCAAAAGGAAGACCUUGAUACGACUGCUGUUUACAAAUAAGAAGACCACCAUUGAAAAGCUAAGGUGUGUGCGCCCUUCCCGGCCACCCCGUGGCUUCCAACCCUGUCAGGCUCACCUCGGCCACCUUGGAAAAGGCCUGAUGAGGAAGCCGCCAGAUUCCUACCCACCGAAGGACAAUCCCAGGAGAUUGCUGCAGUGUCAGAAUGUUGACAUCAGCAGACCCCUCAAUGGCCUGAAUGUCCCUCAGCCCCAGUCAACUCAGCGAGUGCUUCCUCCCCUCCACCGGGCUCCACGUGCACCUAGCGUCCCUGCCAGACCCCUGCCAGCCAACCCUGCACUUAGGCAGGCCCAGGGGACCUGUAAGCCAAACCCCCCUCAGAAGCCUCUGCCUGCAGAUCCUCUGGCCAGAACAACUCGGCUCACUCAUGCCUUGGCCAGGACCCCAGGACAACGGGAGACUGGGCUCUGCCUGGCACCCCUCAGACCUGCUCCGCAAUAUCCACACCAAGUGCCCAGAUCCACCCACACCGCCUAUAUUAAGUGAGAAGCCGACACCUUUUUUCAACAGUGAAGACAGAAGUUUGCACUAUCUUUCAGCUCCAGUUGGAGUUUUUUGUACCAACUUUUAGGAUUUUUUUUUAAUGUUUAAAACAUCAUUACUAUAAGAACUUUGAGCUACUGCCGUCAGUGCUGUGCUGUGCUAUGGUGCUCUGUCUACUUGCUCAGGUACUUGUAAAUUAUUAAUUUAUGCAGAAUGUUGAUUACAGUGCAGUGCGCUGUAGUAGGCAUUUUUACCAUCACUGAGUUUUCCAUGGCAGGAAGGCUUGUUGUGCUUUUAGUAUUUUAGUGAACUUGAAAUAUCCUGCUUGAUGGGAUUCUGGACAGGAUGUGUUUGCUUUCUGAUCAAGGCCUUAUUGGAAAGCAGUCCCCCAACUACCCCAAGCUGUGCUUAUGGUACCAGAUGCAGCUCAAGAGAUCCCAAGUAGAACCUCAGUUGAUUUUCUGGAUUCCCCAUCUCAGGCCAGAGCCAAGGGGCUUCAGGUCCAGGCUGUGUUUGGCUUUCAGGGAGGCCCUGUGUCCCUUGACAACUGGCAGGCAGGCUCCCAGGGACAGCUGGAAGAAAUCUGGCUUCUGGCCAGGAAGCUUUGGUGAGAACCUGGGUUGCAGACAGGAAUCUUAAGGUGUAGCCACACCAGGAUAGAGACUGGAACACUAGACAAGCCAGAACUUGACCCUGAGCUGACCAGCCGUGAGCAUGUUUGGAAGGGGUCUCUAGUGUCACUCAAGGCGGUGCUUGAUAGAAAUGCCAAGCACUUCUUUUUCUCGCUGUCCUUUCUAGAGCACUGCCACCAGUAGGUUAUUUAGCUUGGGAAAGGUGGUGUUUCCGUAAGAAACCUACUGCCCAGGCACUGCAAACUGCCACCUCCCUAUACUGCUUGGAGCCGAGCAAAUCACCACAAACUGUAAUACAAUGAUCCUGUAUUCAGACAGAUGAGGCUUUCCAUGGGACCACAACUAUUUUCAGAUGUGAACCAUUAACCAGAUCUAGUCAAUCAAGUCUGUUUACUGCAAGGUUCAACUUAUUAACAAUUAGGCAGACUCUUUAUGCUUGCAAAAACUACAACCAAUGGAAUGUGAUGUUCAUGGGUAUAGUUCAUGUCUGCUAUCAUUAUUCGUAGAUAUUGGACAAAGAACCUUCUCUAUGGGGCAUCCUCUUUUUCCAACUUGGCUGCAGGAAUCUUUAAAAGAUGCUUUUAACAGAGUCUGAACCUAUUUCUUAAACACUUGCAACCUACCUGUUGAGCAUCACAGAAUGUGAUAAGGAAAUCAACUUGCUUAUCAACUUCCUAAAUAUUAUGAGAUGCUGGCUUGGGCAGCAUCCCCUUGAACUUUUCACUCUUCAAAUGCCUGACUAGGGAGCCAUGUUUCACAAGGUCUUUAAAGUGACUAAUGGCAUGAGAAAUACAAAAAUACUCAGAUAAGGUAAAAUGCCAUGAUGCCUCUGUCUUCUGGACUGGUUUUCACAUUAGAAGACAAUUGACAACAGUUACAUAAUUCACUCUGAGUGUUUUAUGAGAAAGCCUUCUUUUGGGGGUCAACAGUUUUCCUAUGCCUUGAAACAGAAAAAUAUGUACCAAGAAUCUUGGUUUGCCUCCCAGAAAACAAAACUGCAUUUCACUUUCCCGGUGUUCCCCACUGUAUCUAGGCAACAUAGUAUUCAUGACUAUGGAUAAACUAAACACGUAACACAAACACACACAAAAGGGAACCCAGCUCUAAUACAUUCCAACUCGUAUAGCAUGUAUCUGUUUAUUCUGUAGUUAUUAAGUUCUUAAAAAUGUAAAGCCAUGUUGGAAAAUAAUACUGCUGAGAUACAUACAGAAUUACUGUAACUGAUUACACUUGGUAACUGUACUAAAGCCAAACAUAUAUAAAAAGGUUUACAGAAUUUUAUGGUGCAUUACGUGGGCAUUGUCUUUUUAGAUGCCCAAAUCCUUAGAUCUGGCAUGUUAGCCCUUCCUCCAAUUAUAAGAGGAUAUGAACUGAGUUUUUCUUUUGCUGUUUGUUUGUUCUUAGCUGUAAUUCCUAUGCUUCUAUUUCAGAGAGCCAGGAAGAGUUUGAUAUUAAAGGAGGUUAAAACUGUGAUCUUAUGCCAUGUCAUCAAUGGCCACUUAGGGGUCAUGGCUGAUGACACAUUCUUAUCUCUACAGUACUAAUGUGUUAUUAUAGAGCCAUGCAUUUUAUUUCUGAAUAAGAACAUAUUUAAACUAAUAUUCCCUUACAAUAUGGACAGUAUUAAUCCUUCCAAGAUGCAGUAUUUAUCAAGUGAAGCAUAUUUAGCAGCAAAUUCCAUUUUAACAUAACUUAGGAGCCAAUAACCAGGGUGUUUUGUGGUUGGAGGAGGCAGGGGGUGGAGUAUUCUUUUUUAUAUCCUCAAAACAAAAAAAAUCAAUACUUAUAUUUCAAUGGCAAUCUAGUAUUUUUUUAAAAGACUGUAUAGGCAUGAAUAAUAGAGGUGGUUUGCGUUUUGUAGGGCCAUCACCUGGAAAGUCAAUGAGACUAGACACAAAGUAGCCCAGAGGCUACUUUUCUUCCUACAGCUUAUUAUAGUUGUAGGUUCUAUGACCUCACUUCAUGGGUUCCAGGCAAUUCUGCUGAAAGGUUUGUCUCCUGAAAUUUUUUAAGUUUGUUUUCCUGACACAUGUAAUCAGAUGUGUAGCAACCGAGGGAAACGAAGCCUAACAUUCUCCAUUGUGGAAAUACACACAGGAGGUUACACUUCACAGCGUGGAUUUUUCCAGCUUACACAUGUGGGAUGAUAUCACAGAAACCACAAAAGCAGCAAAUUAAACUGUAGGAGAGUCAAUACUCCUGACGAGUCUCGGGGGGAGCAUUUUUAUGCCUUCUUAACUUUAUGAGAAUUCUCAGGCUGAACUAUAGGCCAUUGUUCCCUGGCAAAUCAAUACAUCAAUGCAUCCUCAAAAAAAAAAAAAAACUGCUAAAACUGUGUCAAAAUGUUCUUAAGGAGCCUAUGGUCUCCACGGUGCUAAAAAGAGCCUGGUGCUGGGCCGACUGGCAGGGCUGAGCAUCCUCCUGCCCCCUCGCCACUGAUGUUUACUAAGCACUCUGAGCCAAUGAGACCCCCCAGCAGCAGAAAGGGCACAAGGUGGCGCCAGGGCAGCAGGGCCAGAUCUUUCUCAUGCACCCCGACCUCUUGCAGACUUUCCUCGUGAGAUGUACUAAUUUCAAAACUGCUUUGCAGGGCUCCCCUAUGUAUUCGGGGGGCCCACGGCACACUCAGGCUGGAGAUCCUUCCUCACUGCGCUCAAGAUGGCCCCAGCCAGACACCAGUUACCCCAGCUGAAAGUCACAAACCCUCCCAGAAGUCUCCCAACACUAGUGCUGACCAGAGGUGGGGCUCUCAGGCUAGGAGUUUCACACACUAUGACAGGCUGCUGGGGGACAUUGCAGGACCCCUUUUCUUCUCCUCUCCAUGCUAGAAGCCAGCCCUAGGCAACUGCAGUUACUCCCUGUGACUCAGCAGCAGGCUGAUUCAACACAGCUGCCCACACGAAGCCAGUGGCUAAUACAUCUGUUUACCUUUCCCUAUCACCCAGACACAAGCCCCUUUUUCCCAGGUCAAACCACAGGCCGAUGCAUCUCCAGUUUGACAGUCAAAUCACUACUUCCAUUGCUACUUUAGAUCGGCCAAAGUGGUGAGUGCUGCAGUGUGUGGCUAUCCCUACAAGGCCCACCCAAGGGAUGCCCAAAGCCCAGCCUUCUCCAGGGCUGCAGCCCAGAGCAACCCCACCAGCCUAAGUCCAGCAGAGGACCUCUCACCCAAUGUCUUGUUCUAAUUAGAAGGGGAAGUUAGCCAUAGAAAAUCAACUUAAUUACAAAAUUAUCUUGACUCACCUUAAAGUUCCUAUUGACAUCUACUGCUUUUAAACCUAUUUGAAAACUCUGAUACUAAAACAAAUGACACUCUAAAAGAAAGUUUGGGAGCCCCAUGCUGAGAACCAUUUCUGUGCAGUGAGGAUGUUUCCAGAAGCUACUUACCUACAUGUGAAUGUGCCAUUUUCUUUCCUUUUGUAGAGAAAAUCCCCUUUACUUUUUGGAACAGUAAUGGCAGCUUCUAGUACAGCCAUUACAGUUUCAUAUGAGAAAAAUUAAGAAUAACUAUAAAAUUGUUAAAAUAUCCAAUAAUGGAUAAUGAUGGCCAGAAGAUUUAACAUACAAAGUAAUUCUCAAUGUAAAGCUAUUCAGCUCUUCCAGGUUGAAUGCCCUGUAACCCACCCUGACCUUCCACAUCAUCUUCAAAAAGCAGUUUCUCUGUUCCCCAUGAUUCUCCUAUAAGGUAACUCUUUAGUCCUCCAUUUAGCACAUUUUAAAUCCUCCAAAGAAUAAGUAUCAUGUGAUUAUUUUAGCUUUACAAAAAAAACGCUGAAUGGCGUUUUAUUUUCAUGGCCUAUAAGCAGGUACCUUAGUAGGGCAGAUAUAGGAAAAACAAAUUAGACCAAAACAAAUCCUCUACAAAUCCAAGGCAGGAAAAGUGGUGGCAGAGUGACUCAUUCUCUUGUCCCUCCCAUCAGGUCAAAUCAGGAGGCUGCAGUGAAUGCCUGUUCUUUGAAUGUGUAGCAAUUGUUCCUGUAACUCUUUAAAACUUGGCUAUAGGCUGUUUGGCACAGUACAGAUUAAAGAUACAGUUACGUAAACCAGCAAAGUAAUUUUAUAGUGCUUCAUCCAUUUAUCAUGCUUUGGUUUGCUAAUUUUUUCACAUACCUUUUUCUAUCACAGUCUGUUGCUUUUGUACACAUUUCUCAUAUUGGGGUUCGACAGGUAAACACAACCUGCUAUUUCAGUAGAAAAAGUUAUUGUUAUGAAUACUAAACCCAAUAAAUAGUAUAAAGGUAAA